AUGGCGCGAGAAGGAGCAGCUCUAUCUCCUGAUUUUAGCUCCUCAUAUAUCUUUCCUCAAAACAAUGCAUUCCCGCAAGAUCUAACUGGCUCGGCUUUAAGGAAUCGAUUCUAUCAAGAAAAGGGCAUCUUUGUCGGAAGGAGGUUCGUGUUUGAAGGACCAGUGAUAAGUAAUCUUAAGGCCAAAUCAACAAGAUUAGGCAUGCUGAAGCCAACACGAGUAGUGGCAAAAUCUGCUGCCAAGAAGAAAUCAGCUUUGUUAUUAACUUCGGUGAACUUGCGACGAAGGGCUGAGCCAAAACUCCCAGAAACAACCGUGGGAAAUAUACUUUCGAUUGUGGCGAUAGUAGCAAAUAGUGAAGAAACGGAUGCGCGUAGUUUUGUGUCCCGGACGAGAGAAACAUUAUCCACAAUGAAUGGUGAUUUUGUCAAGAGCCUUCAAGGGGAGCAUGGAUUGCAGUCUCUUUGUGAAUAUUUGAGGAGGCAUGGGGAAUCACAUUCAAAGGGGAUCUCCAAUGGAGAUGAAAUAAUCGUGGUUAAUAGCUGGUGUAACGCAGGCAGUUACAGUAUUGACUUUGGUUGGGGGAAGCCGUUAUGGUUCCCAGCUAUUGUUUCUGCCCUAGGGAUUUCUGGAUCUGUAAUUCAGCUCGUGGAUACAAGAAGCGGUAAUGGAAUAGAAGCAUGGGUGUCACUGGAUGAAGAAAUCAUGGGUGUUGUAGAACAUGACAAGGAACUCCUCUCAGUAGCCUCAGUCGAUCCUAGUCCUUUUGAAAUUGAUUCGCUCAAGUAA